AUGCAGCAGCAGAUGCAGCUUCACCUGCCGCCCCAGCAGCCAGUUCAACAAAUGCAACAGCAGCUCGAACAGCAACGACAGCAAUUGCACCCGCCCAUGCAACAUUAUCAACAGGGAGCGCAGCAGCACCAGCAGCAGCAGCAACAACAACAGCAGCCACCACCACAACAACAGCAAUCACAACCACAACCACAACCAUCGCGGCAACAGCGACAACACCAGCCACAGCAACCACAGCAACCACAGCAACCACAGCAACCACAGCAGCAACUCCAACAAUCCCAACAGCAGCAACUCCAACAAUCCCAACAGCAGCAACUCCAACAAUCCCAACAGCAGCAACAAGCCCAACAAAUACAAUCCCAACAGCAAGGAGAAGGCCCAAACUCCCAGAUGGCCCUCCUUCCACCGCCUCAGGACCGUCUGUACCCAACCUUUGAGGCUUUACAGGCCGACCUCAAGGCCUUCACGCGAGCUCAGGGUUACGCCAUGGUCAUCAUCUCGUCGCUCAACCGCGACGCCAAUGGCCAAUAUCGGCGCUACAACCUGUGCUGCUCCAAGGGUGGCAAGAGCUACACGUCGCACAGUCGUGGCCUGCGCCAGACCAAGUCCACCAAGACGGGUUGUCCGAUGCGCUGCAAGGCAAUCCAGGAGAAGGCCUGGCCCUACGACGACAAGUGGCACAUCAUUGUUCAGUGCGCCGAGCACAACCACGAGCCCUUCACGGGCGAGCAGGGCGUCAACGUGCCCUCGCAGUUCCGCAAGAUUGAGCAAGACGGCAUGCGCUGGCUCAUGAUCAUGCACCGCGAGGCCCAGCUAAACCUGCGCCAGUUGACCAUUGGCAUUCGCAUAUCGUUUGGCGACAAGUACCAGUACGUCAAGAAGAGCGAUGUCCGCAACAUGCUGGCAAAAAUAAAGCGCGAGGAAGAGCGCAAGGCCGCUGCGGCCGCUGCUGCUCAGGGGCUGCCAGCGAACCUGCCCUACACCAUCAUUCCGCAGUCUCACCUGCCGCCGCCUCCUCCGCCUCAGCAGGUUGAGCGAAUGCCCCAGUUACCGCCAGAUUUGCAGGUGCCGGAUCCAGAUCUUGAGUCGGAUGACGAUGGUGAUGAGAUUUGA